UGAAAUCAUUAUUAAUUAUAAUAUUUAUCUUUAUUGUUUUGAGCAAUCGGGAGGGUGUUCAAAAAAUGUCUUUGAUGCACGUGUGAACAAAAAUUGUAACAUGGAGGCAAUGCCGACCGAUAUUUUCCCAUAUGUUUACAAAUUUUUGCUGCAAAACAAGUUGCCAAAGACAGCAAAGUGUUUGCUGAAAGAAGUUAAAGAGGAAAUUGCAAUACCAUCAACGACUGACUCGAUCGUUGAAUGGUAUCAAGUGUUUUUAGAUGUCAGAAAAAACAAUAAGAAAAAUGAGAAAAAAGUUGCCAAAGCACAGAGGAAUGAAUCUUCAAGCUCCAGUUCAGAAAGCAGUUCAGAAAGUGAAAAUGAAGGAGAUAAAAGCAUCAACAAGUCAAAUAGAUCACAGGGUAUGAAAAUGGAAGUUGAUGAAUCAUUUGAUAGUGGAUCAGCAAGGAAUGAGAAUGUCACAAAGGGCAAAGAAAAUGGCAAAAAGAAGCAAUUGAAGCCAAAAGCUUUGAGCAGUAAACGAAAUAAUGUUAAGAAAAAAAAUGAUAGCUCAGCAUCAAGCAGUGAUGAUAGUAGUGAUGACAGUGACGAUGAUGAGAAAAUCAUUGAGGGCAAAACAAAGGAAGACAUGAAAAAUUUGGCUAGGAAUAAAGAGAGAAAAACAGUCAUUAUGAAAGUUGGAAAAAAUAAUGAAAAACAACCAACAAAGAAAGGGAUUGUAACAAAGACGAAGGAACAAGAAUCUAGCAGUGAUUCAUCUGAGGAUAGUUCUGAAGAUGAGGGUAAGGCGAAUGCUGGAAAAAAUGAUGAAAAACAACCAACAAAGAAAGGGAUUGUAACAAAGACGAAGGAACAAGAAUCUAGCAGUGAUUCAUCUGAGGAUAGUUCUGAAGAUGAGGGGCAAAUGCGAAUGAUGAAAAAAACCAACAAAGAAAGGGAUUGUAACAAAGACGAAGGAACAAGAAUCAAACAACCAACAAAGAAAGGGAUUGUAACAAAGACGAAGGAAAAAGAAUCCAGCAGUGAUUCAUCUGAGGAUAGUUCAGAAGAUGAGGGCAAGGCGAAUGCUGGAAAAAAUGAUGAAAAACAACCAACAAAGAAAGGGAUUGUAACAAAGACGAAGGAACAAGAAUCUAGCAGUGAUUCAUCUGAGGAUAGUUCUGAAGAUGAGGGCAAGGCGAAUGCUGGAAACAACGAUGAAAAACAACCAACAAAAAACAGGACUGUGACAAAUACGAAGGAAGAAGAUUCUAGUAGUGUUUCAUCUGAGGAUGGUUCUGAAGAUGAGGGCAAGGCGAAUGCUGGAAAAAAUGAUGUAAAACAACCAACGAAGAAAGGGAUUGUGACAAAGACGAAGGGAGACGAAUCUAGCAGUAAUUCAUCUGAGGAUAGUUCUGAAGAUGAGGGCAAGGCGAAUGCUGGAAAAAAUGAUGAAAAACAAUCAACAAAUAAAGGGAUUGUAACAAAGCCGAAGGAAGAAGAAUUCAGCAGUGAUUCAUCUGAGGAUAGUUCAGAAGAUGAGGGUAAGGCUAAUGCUGGAAAAAAUGAUGAAAAACAACCAACAAAUAAAGGGAUUGUAACAAAGACGAAGGAACAAGAAUCCAGCAGUGAUUCAUCUGAGGAUAGUUUAGAAGAUGAGGGCAAGGCGAAUGCUGAAAAAAACGAUAAAAAACAAGAAACGAGGAAAGAGACUGUAAAAAAAGCAAAAGAAGGCGGGAAAACAAAAGGACUGAAAAGAAAACGAACAAGUUCAGAUGAUGACAGUUCUGAAGAUAGCGAGACUCAAGCGAAGGGUAAAUACCUUUCGAAAAGCGAGAUGUCCACGAACAGUGAAACUACUGAUUUCUCUUUCAAUAAAAAUCACAGUUUAAACAGUCUCAAUACGUCCACUCCAAAUACCACAGCGAAGCCGGCAAAGAAAGCGAAACAGAGUAACACUGCUCCAUCGCCAUUUCGAAGAGUUGUCUCAGAAAGCAUAAUCGUCGACGCCAAACUUAAGGAUAACAGUUUCGAAGCGAAGAAAGGAUCUACCGGUAGCUGGGGAGAAAAAGCCAACAAAGAUCUAAAAUUUGUUAAAGGCAAAUCUUUCAGACAUGAGAAGACGAAGAAAAAGCGGGGUAGUUAUCGUGGGGGACAAAUUGAUAAAACUGUGAAUUCGAUCAAAUUUGACAGUGAUUGAGGUUUUUUGUUUUCAUGUAUUAUAAAACGAUGAAUAUUUUAUGUUGUAUUUUGCAAUAUGGUGAACUUUUUAGUCAAUAAUCCAGUAUGUAUGGAAUAUACAACUCUAUUUA